CAACAUGUACUCUUUUGGAUAAAUGUCAAAAAAAUGAUCUUAAUUCGAGAGGCUUGAAGUCUCUGCAGCAUCCAUUCAUUCCAUUGUACUCAGACUAUUGCAUUCUGUCAACAUUCUUUUCCAAAAAUCUAAACUCAUCUGGGCACCCAUCAAAAUGCAAUCUUUCUUCAAUUUCAAUGAGUUUUCGGUGUUUUCAGAUUCUGGGUGGGGGCAAGUUUGAGUCUUUACGGUGGAAAAAUUGGUGGGUGGCUUGAAAUUCAGGUCAAGUAUGAAGCAGUUUAUGGUUUUGCACCUUGUGGUUUGGAUUUGGGUUAUCUUCCUCUGUGGAACUGCUCACAGUAGAAGGCCUGAAAGUGUAAACGUUGGUGCGAUUCUCACAUUCGAUUCAGUCAUAGGUAGAGCUGCAAAGUUGGCCAUGGAAAUGGCUGUUUCUGAUGUCAAUUCUGACCCAAGAGUUCUCUUUGGGACCAAGCUCAACUUGAUAAUGAAUGAUACCAUGUGCAAUGCUUUUCUGGGUUCAGCUGGAGCUUUUCAGAUACUUGAGAAAGGGGUUGUGGCCAUAAUUGGCCCUCAGUCAUCCGCCCAAGCUCAUAUUAUUUCUCAAAUUGCUGAUGCGGUGCAAGUUCCUCUUAUUUCAUAUGCUGCCACUGAUCCAACCCUAUCCUCACUUCAAUUUCCUCUCUUUUUCCGUACUAUACAAAGUGACUCAGAGCAAAUGACUGCUAUGGCCGAUCUAAUCGAAUUUAAUGGAUGGAAAGAGGUCAAUGCUGUAUUCUUGGAUGAUGAUUACGGGAGAAAUGGAGUAUCUGCUUUGAGUGAUGAACUUGAAAAAAGGAGAUUGAAAAUUGCUCACAAGCUACCUUUGAGUAUUCAUUUUGAUGAGGAUGAAAUCACCCACUUGCUCAAUCAAUCGAAAAUUUUCGGUACCCGUGUGUAUGUUGUUCAUGUCAACCCUGAUCCGGGAUUGAGAAUUUUUUCCGUUGCUCACAAACUUCAAAUGAUGGCUAAUGGCUAUGUCUGGCUUGUCACAGAUUGGCUCUCUGCUACCCUAGAUUCAUUAUAUCCUGUGAAUCAGACAUCUCUCAGUAUUCUCCAAGGGGUUGUUGGUCUUCGUCAACACAUUCCAGAUUCCAGGAAAAAAAGAGCUUUUGUUUCUCGAUGGAUUAAAAUGCAAAAAAUAAGUGUAGCAAAAACUAGUUUGAACUCCUAUGGAUUUUAUGCUUAUGACACAGUUUGGGCAGUUGCACUUUCAAUUCAUAAGUUUUUGGAAGUACAUAAAAAUAUUACCUUCUCGCUUGAUGAUAGCCAUAUGCUACCUCAGUCAGAAGGAAUUGGUAUUCAGCUUGAGAAGCUCAAAAUCUUCAAUGGUGGAUUUGACCUGGUCGAUAUACUCUUACAAUCAAAUUUUACAGGUGUGGGUGGUCAACUUUGGUUUAAUUCAGACAAAAAUGUCAGAAGUGGUGGUUAUGAUGUUAUCAAUAUCAAUCAGAUGGAAAUAGCUAGGGUUGGUUAUUGGUCUAAUCAUUCAGGGUUUUCAGUUGUACCCCCUAAAGUUGUUACAAAAAAAGAACAUGGUAAUGGUAUUGGUAGGUUUUCCCAAGUUCAGAAGCUUGAUAACAUUACUUGGCCGGGUGGGGAGACAGAAAGACCCCGUGGCUGGGUGAUUGCUGAUAAUACAAAGCCACUGAAAAUUGCAGUGCCAAGGAGAGCAAGUUUUGUCGAAUUUGUAACUGAAAUGCAAGAUAGUCAUCAAAUUCAGGGGUACUGCAUUGAUAUCUUCAACAAAUCCCUUGAAUUUAUUCCAUAUCAAGUUCCUUUCGUAUUCCAGCCUGUUGGGAACGGCAAAGAAAAUCCCAAUUAUGAUGCACUCGUGAAAAUGGUCAAUGACAAUGUAUAUGAUGCAGUUGUUGGAGACAUUGCAAUCGUGACAAACCGUACAAAGAUUGUGGAUUUUUCUCAGCCCUUUGCAUCAUCUAGCCUUGUUAUUGUGGCUCCUAUCAACACUGUAAGAUCAAAUGCUUGGGUGUUCCUCAAACCAUUUACAGCAGCCAUGUGGUGUGUCAUUGCUGCAUCAUUUAUGAUGAUUGGAGUGGUUAUAUGGAUUCUUGAGCACCGAAUCAAUGAUGACUUCCGUGGUCCUCCUCAGAGGCAAAUUGUGACAAUGUUUAUGUUCAGCCUCUCAACACUGUUUAAGAGAAGUAAUGAAAACACCAUGAGUUCACUUUCCAAAAUGGUGAUGAUAGUCUGGCUUUUCCUAUUGAUGGUGAUCACGGCUAGCUAUACAGCAAACCUGACUUCGAUUCUUACCGUGGAGAAGCUUUCAUCGCCCAUCACAGGAAUUGAUAGCUUGAUUGCAAGUAACUGGCCUAUUGGAUACCAAGUAGGGUCAUUUGCUUACAGCUAUCUGACAGAUAACCUUUAUGUACCAAGUUACAGACUUGUUUCCUUAGGCUCCCCUGAGGAGUAUGCUACAGCGCUGCGUAAAGGGACAUCUGGUGGCGGGGUGGCGGCUAUCAUUGAUGAGCUUCCAUAUGUUGAAUUAUUUCUGUCAAAAGAAACUGAUUUCGGUAUUAUUGGACAGCCGUUUGCCAGAAGCAGUUGGGGAUUUGCUUUUCAAAGAGAAUCUCCUCUUGCCCUUGACAUGUCCACAGCAAUUUUGAAACUCACGGAGAAUGGAGAGCUGCGAAAGAUACAUGAGAAGUGGUUCUGUAAGAUGGGUUGCCCUGAAGAAAGGAAAAGCAACCCUAAGGUUGAACAACUUUACUUGACUAGCUUCUGGGGUCUGUAUCUUUCAUGCGCUGUCGUCUCUCUUGCUGCACUUUUAAUAUUUCUGCUGCGGAUGAUUUGCCAAUAUGGUCGCUUCAAACAAAAACAAAAGGAUAUUAUCGUUUCUUCAUCUUCUGAACCAUCAAGCAGUCAUUGUUCCCAGGUUGUUGGUAACUUCUUUAACUUCAUUGACAAGAAGGAAGAGGCCAUAAAGAAAAUGUUCGCUCAAUGUGACAAUAGUCACAGCCCCAAGUGAGAUGAUCAUUAUGAUUGUGUUGCAAAAAGGCUCAAAUUUGUAGAUUUCAAUGAACUGCUGAUUUCAUUGACUAUAUGGUAGUAACAAUAGUGAUAGUCAUGUAAUCAUGUAUAUAUUAUGGAAAAAACUUAUGCUGCGAGAGUUAGCCUCACUAUGAUAUGGAUGUUUUCCGCUGGAAUAGUAUUGACUCCGGUUGUAAGUUAUCUAAGAAUGUGGACAUCCACAUCAAUCUCCCCACCUUUGAAAUGACAAAAAAUUGGUUCAUGGAUUGCACCUUUGUAUAAUGAUAAAAUGAUAAUGUUCCUUUAACA